AUGAGUACUCACACCGCUCCUGAACUUGAAGAACAGCGACAUAGGACGAGCGGCGAGCUGGCAGGAGCUGACGAGGAGCCAGGAGUGACGGAGGAGGCCGCUUGUUAUCACACCGCACGCGUCCCUCCCCCGCGGGCCGCUGGGCGCGAGGCACGCCGCAUGCGCGAGAUUAUCGAUCACAGCAGACACAGAGCAUCAGAGAUAGUGUCACGAGUAUCAAGUGUCUGUGUGGACACCGGUGUAGGGGACGACACCGGGUACAUGACAGUGAGUGUGAUGGGGACGCGGGCCUGGGUGUGGUGGCUGGUGGUGGGCGCCGCGUGCUCCCGCGAGCUGGACCCCGGCUCGUGCGUGGCGCGCUUCGACGUUCAGCGAGACAAGAUCAUCCGCACGGAGGAGUCCCGGGAGAUGGGCGCCAGGUACCUCUCCGAGCUGGACGUGGGCGGCCGGCCCGAGUGUCUGCGGCUCUGCUGUGAAACAGACGCCUGUGACGUGUUCGUCUUCGAGGAGAAGAGCCCCGGCAGCUGCUACCUGUUCAGCUGCGGGCCGCCCGAGGACUUCCGCUGUAAGUUCACGGCUCACGGGAACUUCAGCAGCGGCGUGCUGGCCAUCAGCCGCCGCCUGGCCGAGCUGCAGGACAGCGAGCGGCUCGCCGAGCACGAGAGGGAACUGGCCAACUUACGGAGCCCCACCAGCACGACCGUGACCACGACCCUGGCGGCGAGCAGGACGGAGCCUCCUCCUCCACACGUCGAGCCUCCCCACCUGCCCCACCUGCCGCAGCCGCCCCAGUUACCCACAGCUAGACGCUGCAGCCGCUACCAGUUCGAGUGUCGCCGCGGCGGAGAGUGUAUCGCCGUGUACAACGCCUGUGACGGCGUGCCGCAGUGCGCGGACGGCAGUGACGAGGCGCCGGAGCUGGACUGUCCCACGUCCCCCCCUCCUCCUCCUCCCGCCGCCCCGCCGGCCUCCGCUGUGCCACCCACGCCGCCCCACACCACCCCGGCCCCGGUCCCCAGUAGACCGCCGCCGCUCACACAGGCUCUAUCAGACAACCGGUUCCCGGGCGUGGUGCCGGCGGAGGGUGACCUGCUCGACGGAGCGGAGUCCUGGCCGCGGAGACUGGCGCAGGCCCAGCCGCACAGAUACGCGGGGGGCGGGGUGGCCGGCGCGGGCGGGUCCCACAUCUUCAGUCACAAGGGCGGCCUGCUCCAGGAGAACUCCUUCGACCCGGCGCUGUCCCCCAGCUGGCCGCGACGGACCUGGAGCCCGCAGCUCACGGCUCCGGUUUCAGACAUGGAACCGGAGCGUGCGUGGAGCGGGUACGGACGUGACUGGCCGGACGUGGAGCCGCGACGAGCCUGGCCUGUGGCGCGCCCGGAGACUGACGUACAAAUGUAUUUAUCUUCUAAAACCAUGCCGGAGAUGCCCAUGAUAUACUCGAGUCAGCAGCAGACGCUACGGGACGGACCCAAAAAAGGCUUCGAGAUAAUGAACAAAAACGUACUGGACUUCCCGAGCGAACCUCCGCCGCGCUCCACCCUCGACCGGAGAGAGGAGAACAGACCCGUGGUGAUAGAGAACACGACCAAGAAGAAGGUGUUACAAGAAAAGGAGGUGGACUCGAAGAACGAACAUCAAAAGGUAGUCGCCAGCCGCGUCCCAGCUCCGAGCGGCGCGGAGGCCGGCGGGGGUGCGGGGGAGGCGAGGGAGCCCGCCGCCCUGCAGGCUCACACGCGCUGGACCAACGACGAGCACGACGGACUCAGCGAGCACCCCCCCGCCGCCGUGCUGCUGCUGGUCCUCGGCUCGCUGCUGACGGCCUGCCUGGCGGGGCUGGGCGUGUGCCGCGCGCGAGCCUCCCGCCGCCGGCGCCGCUCACACCCGCGCCUGGCGCUGGACGCCGACUACCUCGUCAACGGCAUGUACCUACUCGUGUUGCUAUUUUGUCGUACAGUGAGCUGUGAGUCCGUGGAGUUGUGCCAUGUACCCAUCCGACAACGACACUAUCUGAUGAACAACCAGCCGGCUGUUGGUGAUGAUACAUCUUAA